GCCGCUGCUGCUGCUGCUGCUGCUGACACACAAACCGGUUGUCCUGCACUGGAAGAGGACACACAACUGACAACAGCCUGAUCUGGAGCAAGUGGCUGGAAAUUUGCACAUACAGAGACUAAAAAAGUCACCAGCGUAAAAAAAAAAACCAUGAUUAAGAACGGACAUCACCAUCAUCAGGCGAACACACCAGCAGGGAAAGACGCAGGGACGACCCCCAGUGCUGCAGCUUGUAGUCCCGAGAAGAGGAGGAGAAGGAUCCGGGUGUGGUGCGACGGGUGCUAUGACAUGGUCCAUUAUGGCCACUCCAACCAACUGCGGCAGGCCAAGGCCAUGGGAGAUUACCUCAUCGUUGGAGUACACACAGACAGUGAGAUCGCGAAGCACAAGGGUCCGCCAGUCUUCACUCAGGAAGAAAGGUACAAGAUGGUGCGGGCUAUAAAGUGGGUGGAUGAAGUUGUGGAAGGAGCGCCUUAUGUCACAACCCUGGAGACCCUCGACAAGUACAACUGUGACUUCUGUGUACAUGGAGAUGAUAUAACACUAACAGUGGAUGGGAAGGACACAUAUGAAGAAGUGAAGAAGUCCGGGAGGUACAGGGAGUGUAAGCGAACGCAGGGAGUGUCAACCACAGACCUGGUUGGCAGGAUGCUGCUGAUGACCAAAGCACACCACAGCAACAUAGAUAGUUCAAACUAUCAACAACACACAGACAACUUUGGAAAGGGGUCGCAUGCUCAGAGGGGCCACAGUCCCUGGACUGGGGUGUCACAGUUCCUUCAAACGUCACAGAAGAUCAUCCAGUUCGCCUCAGGUCAGGAGCCUCAGCCUGGAGACACCAUCAUCUACGUGGCAGGAGCCUUUGACCUGUUUCACAUUGGCCAUGUGGACUUUCUGGAAGCGGUGCAUAAGCUUGCAGAUAAGCCGUACAUUAUCGUGGGGCUGCACUUUGAUCAGGAGGUCAAUCGCUACAAAGGGAAAAAUUACCCCAUAAUGAAUGUCCAUGAGAGAACGCUCAGUGUCCUGGCCUGUCGAUAUGUGUCCGAGGUGGUGAUUGGUGCACCAUUUGCAGUCACAAAAGACUUACUGGACCAUUUCAAGGUAGAUCUUGUUUGCCAUGGAAAGACAGAAAUAUACCCAGACAAGGACGGAUCUGACCCUUAUGCUGAGCCCAGGAGGAAAGGAAUCUUACGUACUAUUGACAGCGGGAACAGCCUCACCACAGACGCCAUUGUGCAGAGGAUAAUAAAAAACAGGUUGCUAUUCGAGGCAAGAAACCAGAAGAAGGAAGCCAAAGAGAUCGCAGUGAUCCAGGCCAUGAAGCGGCAAGAAGAGGAAAAGAUGAAGGAGAGAGCCCAGGCUGUUCUGUAGGAAGGCACCAUGAACCCAGUGUUAACAUUACCCUGACAUGAUAACGUAUCUAAACUCAUGUACAGUCAAAUCAGCAUAACCAUGACACACUGCAAACACAGUCCUGCAGUCCCUAAUAACAGUUUUUAAUCAAGGCAGCACAGUCUGUUAUGGGAUUAUCAGGUAUAAAGUGUGUGUGUAUGUGUGUGUAUGUGUGUGUGUGUGUGUGUGUGUGUGUGUGUGUGUGUGUGUGUGUGUGCGUGUGUGUGCGUGUGUGUGGGUGUGUGUUGGGAGUGGUCCUCUGUGUAUUAAUAUAUACUAUAUAUGCAACUACAUGUCUUUCCUGUAGCAGUAUUGUCAUUGAACACAUCAUGCAUACAGACAUCUGCUGUCCCAUCAAACCAGCUAAAGACGGGACAGAAAAAGACUGAAGCAUCAAAGAGAUCACCGUGUCUUCAACUGUCUAUAUUAAGUCUUCAGAUAUUUUUAGGUACUUUUAUUUUUUUGCCUUCAGAAAAUCUUGAAUUUAUAAGUAUUUUAUCUUGGGAUUUUGACAUACGAGGGGGCAAAUGUGGGGAUCUGAGACCGAGGCAUUACAGGAAGUGAUUUUUGAUCUGUCAUUUCCACUGGGCUCCUGCUGCUUUCUGCCUAUAAAUGGGUUUAGCCCCGAGAUUUAUUUCUGUAUAUACUGUAUGUACUGUAUGUAACUAGUACAGGUUGUAUGAAGGAUGUUAAAAACCACUAGAUGUUUUAGGGAGGAAGUGUCCCUGCUUCUGAAGGGGAAAGGUCUUUGCUGGACUUAAACAGACUCUUACGGGACCUCAUGUACAUACCAGUUCUUGCUCCAGGCUGCACUGACAAAAAAAAUCACCAGAACUGUUUACUAUCUGCUCUAGUGGAGCGGGUUUUAACUCAAAAAUACAGACUGUCGACACCUGCGCUCCUGGCACUUGAGUGCAGUUUUUUUAACCAACACUCCUUAAAUUUAUCCUAAGAGAUAUAUGUAUAUAUAUAUAUAUAUAUA